GUGAAUGUUAUUGACAUUGAAAAUGGUGCUACGUAUUGUGGUGCUUAUCCUUUCGGCGGCGUUGGUCCGAAGUUGGGGCAUCAACCAUGCGCAUCCCGGAACUGGCGCCAAAUGCGAGCGAUUGAACGUAUCCUUUUGCCGAGGAUUGCGUUAUAAUAUGACAGCGAUGCCGAAUUUCAUGGGUAAUGAAGAUCAACGGCAGGCAGAACGAGGGCUGGCGACCUUUAUGCCAUUGGUCCACUACAACUGUUCAAAACAUCUUAGGCUCUUCUUAUGCGCCGUCUUUGCUCCAGUCUGCUCGGAACAUGUAACCAUACCGGCUUGCAAGUCUCUCUGCCUUUCCGUAAGAAGAGACUGCGAACCGGCCUUAACCAGUCUCGCAUUGCCGUGGCCGCACUUGUUGGAUUGUAAUCGUUUCCUUGAUCGUGGAAAUACAUUGUGCGUGCAGCCGCCGGAUGAAACAUUGGACAAUAUCAGUUCACCAACACUACCAACCGUUCAGCAACAAUGGCCGGUGAUGUAUGAACGAUCACCGCAAAUAUCUAUAAGAUUGCAACAACAACAACAGCAUUAUCAGUGUCCACCUCAUUUUGUACAGAUAUCCGAAAUGGAAAUGAUUUUUUGCGCACCACGUUGUGGUACCGACGCAUAUUAUCGUGCAGAAGACAAAAAAUUCGCCGAACGUUGGAUGACUGGCUGGGCAUGGCUGUGCUUCUUGUCGACGCUCUUCACUUUGUUAACUUUCUGGGUUGAGCCAUCCAGAUUUCGUUAUCCUGAAAGACCGAUAGUCUUUCUGGCGCUCUGCUAUAAUCUCCUUGCUAUGGCUUAUAUUGUCCGUGCUGCGGUUGGAGCUGACAAUCUUAGCUGCGUCAGUCAGAUUGAUGGGCCGAGUUACAUUCCA